AUGGCUCCCUCACUGAGAGAUCACUCAUCCUUCGUCCGCCCGUCCACUCGGGACCGGCCCGUGACUAGAGACCAAGCCGACAAUUCUCUUGUUAUUCCCAGUCGCACUUCAUCUUUACACUCUCGUAUCACCCAGCCAAUUCCCUCGACUUUGAACCUGAAGCCCGCACAGCGCACACCCAAGACUUUGACCCAUGCCUAUAUGGUCUGUGGUGUUGGCCGAGAGCCAUCCCAAUGGGUCAAGGCGCCUGCACCGAUUCAGGGGAAAAUCCAGCACAUGAAGGGCGCCGUUGGCCAGUUCUGGUUGCCCGAGAUCCUUGGUAGCAGCCCGCGGUUGGAGCAGGAUAAUGAGAUUGCGCGGUCUUUGCACGCCGCCAUGAGGGCAUGCUUUCCCCAUGAUGUUGAAAUUUGCACUGGCAAAUCACAGCCCCACUGCGUCCACCACUCAUUUGUUCUGCAGCAGGACUCAUCACACACCCUGUACGGUAUUGCACUGCGUGUCUGGUCUCGCGCCGACGAGAAGCGUGCCGAAACCAUCCGCGACCUACGCAAGAAGACCGAGUCCGACUACUAUGACAACCCCGACGAGACCUACUGGAUUCCUUACUGCUUGAGUUUCCUGUCUCGUUAUCCUCUUUAUGAUCUUUUAGGAGAUUACCUUCGUGGCAUGUGGAUUCACUGGAACAAAGCCACCAACCUGUUCCAUGCGGAAGAAGUCUCUCGUAUCCUCAGUUUCCCAGCUCCGCGCCUAAACGACUUGGUCCGAAUUGAUAUGAAGGAUUACGCACUAUGCUAUCAGUUCCCUUCCUCUCCGACCGGGUUCCAGAACUUUUCCAUGUGGCCGCUCUUCAACUGUCUCUCCAUUCCCAACAUCGUAGGCGUUAUCGAGGCAGCUGUUUCCCCAACUCGCCGGAUCAUCUUCGUCAGUCACUACCCCGCCAUGCUCACCAUCGCCGCUGAGACUAUUCGAUUCUGCGUUCGUGUAUAUGAGUGGAGUGGUCUUUAUGUUCCUGUGGUGCAUGCCCGUCAUGCCAAGGAGCUCGUCGAGGAGCCCGGUCCUUACAUUCUCGGUAUCUCUCCUGAGUGCCGUUCCUUGUUUACCGCACCAUCGGACGCUUUGGUUGUCGACCUUGACCGAAACUUCGUCCUCACCUCCAGCCCACCCAACGUCCUUUCCCCGGGCCAGCGUACCAAAUUCAUCAACCGUCUGACACAAGCCUUGAACGGUGAAGUCACCCCGUCCGGCGUACCACAGCAUUUGCGUUCUGCGUAUGGCGGUGGCAAGCUGAUCCCCGCCGGGCAGAUCAUCGUGAUGAAGGGUGAAGUGGAGAGUGUUCAGGAUCCUGCUUGGUGGAACCAAGAUGCGAUCAUGAGCGUCACCGAUCACGUCUGCGAGAAACUUGGACGCAACACGGGUAUGAAGGCCAUUUUCGGUGGCUCCGUCAAGAAGCCACUCAUGACCAAGGUGUCGAUGAGACACUUGAACGAGAUUGUCCGCGAGCGCAACCAAUACUCUCGCGAUACCGUGGAAGCCUGGCAGGAUUUCAUCAACCUCAAGGGACGCAUGGACACCGAGCUAUCCAAGGUCACCAAGCGCAACAAUUUCUUGGUCGAAGAGUUGGAGACUUGGAAGCAGCAGUUCCUCAAAUUCCAAGCUUUUGCUGAGCAGCUUACCAAGGAGACCUCCGAGCUCAAGGUCAAGAUUGAAGGACACAAGCGUGAGAACCGCCGUCUCACUACCCUCAUCGACACACAAAAGGAUGACAUUACCCGUCUUACUCUUCGUCUUUCCGGCACUGAGAAGCAACGUGAUGAUGCCUUGGAGGCAUUGGUUCUUCAGCAAGAAAUCGCCGAGGAGCUUGAGCGCGAGCGUAAGCGCAACCAGAAGGAGCUCUCAGCUAUGGAGCACCGUACCUCGACUCUCACUCGUCAACGUGAUGAGGCUCAGAGGAUUGUGGUGCACUUGCGCAGCUUGAUCGAUGGCCAGACCCACCACAUGGAACACAUCAUUCGAAACCUCGCCAGCUCUACUGACCUUGGUGAAUACAUCGACCAGGCCCUAGAGAACUCAGCCCAAGAGUCCACUUCAACAUCAUCGCCCGCACGGUCAAUGACUGAAAGUCCCAAGUCUAUGAAACGCCUAUCCCGACCUGGCUCUCGCGUUCGUCUCUCUGGUGCAUUCAACAGCCGCUCCAGCAGUGCAAGCGAUAACAUUAGCCCUGAGAUGGACUCUGUUAUGGACAAGGCACAACGACGCCUCUCUCAGAUGAGCAUGCCUGAUGUGGCUGACCGCUAUCUGAAGGACAAGACCGAUGCUAUUGCGGCUAUCAUUCGCAACAUCAGUGAGCAGUGUGCUGCUGCCGUCGAGGGAUUGCACCUUGCUCAAGAUGCUGAGAACGAGGAGGCAGCCAAGGACGAGACUCACCUUGCGCCUUCUAACUCUGGCACCCGUGAAGAAGGCAGUGAAGCCGGCGAGAGCGAGAGCGGAUACCUCCACGCCGACAACCGUGUCUCCAGCAUUCCACCAACACCAGAUCUCGUGCACAACCGUUCUAGCACGUCCAUGUCGAUGGUCAGCACAUCAACCAUUGCGGAGCGUUCCAGCCAGCAGUACAACCCUGGAGAAAUUCCCACCAAGAUUGUGGAAGACGAAGAUGAGCACCUCCACGAGACGGAAGGCUUCGUUGACCCCAAUGAAACCCCCACAGUCUCCAAGAAGCCCAGUCAAGGCAUGAUCAAUGCCCCGGCCUCACGUGUCAUUUCUUGA